GGGCCCGGGGGCGGAGCGCGGGGACGCGGCCGUGCAGGGAGGCGGCUCGGGCGCGGCCAUGGCGGAGGGCGCGGCGCUGCGGGCCGUCAGGGGCUGCCUGGCCGCCUUCCCGAGGGAGGCCCGCGAGUUGGGGUGGACGGAAUCUGUGCCAUAUCUGGAUAGGCCUCCAUCCCCGCUGGAGUUUUAUCGAGAGUGGGUGAGUCCAAACAAGCCCUGCGUAAUUCAGAAUGCCAUCAACCACUGGCCAGCUCUGAAGAAAUGGACCUCGGCAUACCUUAGGGAGAUAGUAGGUCCCAAGGUAGUGAGUGUGGCAGUAACACCAAAUGGUUAUGCAGAUGCGGUGUUUCAGGACCGUUUUGUCAUGCCAGAGGAACGCCAAAUGCCUUUCAUGGACUUUCUGGACAUUGUGGAGAAGAAAGUGACCUCUCCCAACGUAUUCUAUGUGCAGAAGCAGUGUUCAAACCUCACCGAGGAGUUCCCUGAACUUGUCUGUGAUGUGCAGCCUGACAUACCAUGGAUGAGUGAGGCACUCGGGAAGAAGCCUGAUGCUGUGAAUUUCUGGCUCGGGGAAUCAGCUGCUGUGACAUCUUUACAUAAAGAUCAUUAUGAGAACUUGUACUGUGUGAUAUCUGGAGAGAAACAUUUUCUACUGCAUCCACCGAGUGACCGUCCCUUCAUCCCAUAUGAGCUCUAUCAGCCAGCAACUUACCACGUAUCAGAAGAUGGCUCAUUUGAAAUUGUGGAUGAGAAGACUGCAGAUAAGGUACCCUGGAUCCCCCUCGACCCUUUAAACCCAGAUCUAGAAAGGUAUCCAGAGUAUGCUCAGGCAAAACCUUUGCAGUGUACAGUGAAAGCUGGUGAGAUGUUAUACCUCCCUUCUCUCUGGUUCCACCAUGUUCAGCAAUCUCAUGGCUGUAUAGCAGUGAAUUAUUGGUAUGACAUGGAAUAUGACCUAAAGUACAGCUAUUAUCAACUGCUAGAUUGUCUCACAAAAGCUGUGAAAGUGUUAUAGCAGAGGUGGGAGACUGGAGUUGGCAAUCUUUCUCUCUGAUGUGAUGCAGUCAUCAGCAUCUGGGACUGGAAUACAGACCUGAUUCAAGUGAAAAGAACUGAACACUGAAUUAUCUUCAACAUCUGUCAAGCAGCUCAUGGCUAUUUUGCUUGAUUUCAGAGUCUCAGGUCAAUUGGCCAGGUUUUCCAGCUUGUAAGUAGAAGAUGUGAUAUCAGCAUUUUAAGGACUUUGCACGUUGCCCCAGUGAUAGUGAACAAAAUAAAAUUUGAAAGGAGGCAAUCCAGGUUUUGGAAGUCCCAAAACAAAAGCCAUGACAAUUGUUCAGGUCUACAGAUGGUUUUUAUAACAAGCCAAAAGAAGAAUCUGCUCUGCCACCCAUGCAUCAGGCUGCAUCAGUCCAACGCAUACAUCCAGCUUAAGGCAAAAAUCCUGCCCGGUUGUGAUCACUAAGUUCAGUUGCUGUGGUGUUUUGGUGGUGAGAAGUUACAGCUUCUGCAAUAAAAGGUCAGUUUAAAAGCUUACUUCUGUACUGAUUUCUGACAUUACUCAAAUGAUGUGAUGCGUGGAGAAUGUCUAGAAGGACGUGCAAAGGUCAGUAGUGGUUAUGCUACAUGUUUUUAUUACCAGUUUCUAUUUCUUUUCACCAUUGUAUUUAAAUGUAGCUGCAUUUUCUUACAUCCUCGGUGGUUUUAGAGUUGCUUUGCCUUGUCUUCAGUCAACCUGCACGUCACCUAUACAUGUAUUAAUCAGGAAAAUGCAGAUACUCUUUAGAUAAGUUUGACUAUUCUGAAGAAUUUUUUUUUUUUUUUA